AUGCGUGAAAUUCCUUCAAAGGACACGACUGAAGUACAUUUGAUCGAAAGAAAAGACGAAAAAGAAGAUAAGACGACCGACGAAAAAGAGACGACACAUGAAGAACACGAGAAGCAGGUAGAAGACGACAAAAACAACGAGGAGGAGCCCGUGCAACCCAUAGACGAGUUGUGCAAUCCCGAACCACUGCCCCAUGUUAGUGACGAUCUUUGUGUCGGCGACUUCAACAAAAACGCGUUUACGGGAAAACUGCGCAAAACGCCCGUUAAAACAAUAGUGCAUUCUGUUAAAUUCAGCUUCGAAGUUGAUGUGCUAGAAAUACACCUAAACGAGCUAUAUGACGUGGUAGACUAUUUCUUUAUUGUCGAGUCGGUGAAUGCGCAUGCUGACAGCAGUCCAAAGCCUCUUUUGUGGGAGUUCCUAAAAAAUCAGCCAAGAUUCAAAAAGUUUGAGAAAAAAAUAGUGAGGCUUAUUUUGGACGAUUCCUCUGUGACUCUGCCGUCGCCUGACUUCGGAAUCUGGGUACCAGAAAUACGUGAAGAAGUCAUCAGGUGGGAGAAGAUUAAACAGUGGCUUGACCACUACAAACUAUCCUCGGACGCUCUAAUCGGCUUCGGAGACGGGGACGAAAUAACUUCGCGGCAUCUUGUCCAUCGAAUGCGUUAUUGUGAGUUGAAAAAGGAAGUUUUCGAUAUCGGUAUGCUGUUUUCGUUCGGCAAUCUGGAAAAAGCGUAUAGCUCGGGUUACCUCUCCCUGAACUACGCUUUCUCAGGGGCAACGUUUUGGACCUAUGAUGCGCCUCGGAACUCUCCGAGGUUUCCCAGAUCCUUCAACUAUUUCCUGCUCGGAGUCGUCGCCAGAUCCUUCAAGAUCCUCACGGUGGUGGCAGUCAGGUCAAGUUAA